UCAGCCACGCCUCCUUAAAGCUCGCGGCUGAGACUUUAGCUCAAGCCAUUCAGUUAGUCACAUACAAACGCUUAUAAACACAGAUUAUAUGAAAUAAGAUUAAAACGAUUGCGUCAGAAACAUACAAACGCCGACUUUACAGCACAGUGAGUCUGAGUUUUAUUCGUUUAUACGGAGAGUUGUCAAGGUGUGUUUUUUACGUCAGGUUAGCUUGUUAGCUUAUAACUAUUACAAUUGUGUUUUUUUAAAGAGUCUGACAGAAUACAAACAUUAACUUAUAUUCAGUCGAGUUCCAGUUUGUUUCAGCCAUAAUAAACUAGCGCUAUACAUUUCUUUAGACAGAGAGAUAUUAUUACUUUGCUAAGCUAAUUAUAAUAUGUCUUUAUGUAUGUGUCUUCUGUGAAACUCGUUUAUAACUAUAGCUCGUACGUAUUCAUAAUGGCCUGUCAGGGUCAGAUAAACCUUAGUUUUACUUUACUUUAAUGUCUUUACCAUCAGAUAUGCCGUAUCGUUAGUGUGACUGGAGGCUGUGAGGCUCAAAUCUCAGUGUUGAUAGUUUGAGGCGGUUGACAGGAGGAAAUCCAUUAUUUGUAUGUCAAAAGACAUUUUAUUCUUGCCUGGGCCAAAAGCAAGUUCAUUUGUCGCGUUUGGAGCGUAUAUUCAUCAUGGCUAAGCUUCAGUCGGGGAACGGAGUGCAGUGGAAGGACAACAAGAGUCAGCGGGGCACGGUGGAGAAUCUGGCCGAGCACGAGAGCUCUUCUCUGGGCUCAAACACUGAGCUCAACGGCUUCGCCAACACCGAGAUCCAGCCCGACAGAUAUGGAUUCAUAGGAGGAGCUCAACAGAGCGCAGGAGAAAAUGAUGAUAUUCCUCCAGACGUGCUCCGGCAGAGAGAAGCCAAAUGGCUGGAUAUGCUCAACAGUUGGGACAAGUGGAUGGCCAAAAAACACAAGAAGGUGAAGGUGCGUUGUCAGAAAGGCAUCCCUCCAUCACUCAGAGGUCGUGCGUGGCUUUAUCUUUCUGGAGGCAAAGUGAAGAAAGAACAGAAUCAGAGCAAAUUUCAGGAGUUGGACAGUCAACCUGGAGAUCCUAAAUGGCUGGACGUAAUAAAGAAAGACCUCCACAGACAGUUUCCAUUCCAUGAGAUGUUUGUAGCUCGAGGAGGACACGGGCAGCAGGAUCUGUUCCGGGUGUUGAAGGCGUACACAGUGCACAGACCGGAGGAGGGUUACUGUCAGGCUCAGGCCCCUAUAGCUGCAGUGCUGCUCAUGCACAUGCCUGCUGAGGAUGCUUUCUGGGGUCUGGUCCAGAUCUGUGAGAAGUAUCUGCCCGGAUACUACAGUGCAGGCCUGGAGGCCAUCCAGUUAGACGGCGAGAUCCUGUUCGCUCUGCUCAAGCGCGUGUCCCCGGUGGCCCACCGGCAUCUGAAGAAACACAAGAUUGACCCUAUCCUCUACAUGACAGAGUGGUUCAUGUGUGCCUUCUCUAGAACGCUGCCCUGGGCCUCUGUGCUGCGCGUGUGGGACAUGUUCUUCUGUGAGGGAGUGAAGAUCAUCUUCCGUGUAGGUCUGGUGCUGCUGAAGUGCAUGCUGGGAUCUCAAGAGAAACUGAAGGCGUGUCAGGGCCAGUAUGAGACCAUGGAGCUGCUCAGAUCUAUUGAGCCACGAUACAUGCAUGAGACUUUCCUAGUGCAAGAGGUCAUUGAAUUGCCCGUGUCUGAGCGAGACAUAGAGAAGGAGCACCUCUCUCAGCUCCGGCGCUGGAAGGAGACCCGCGGAGAGCUGCACUGUAAAUCCCCUCCCAGAAUGCACGGCGCCAAAGCCAUCAUGGCCGCUGAGCCGCCCAGUCGCCAAGACCUCAAACAAAACCCCACAAUCAUCGUCGAGACACCGCAGGCCACCGAGAGCCAGGUGGAGAAAGGGAAAAAAGACAAGAAGAGCAAAAUGGAAAAGAAAAAAGACACCUCGCCUCCCUUUAAUCCGUACCCAUUACCAAGUGACCCAACAUUACCGAGCGACAACCUGUCGCAGCACCUGCAGAAAGACGUUCCCCUGCAGAGCUCCAGUCAGAGUCUUAGUAGCGCGGAGCACGACACCUACCUGUAAACCACUGGAAGAGGGACGCCAGUGCAGAUGGCUAAAUGUUCACUGUGCUAAAACAUCUGGCAUCAGUCCGCUCCUCCCUCCCCACUCUCAGGAUUUUGCAUCAAAGGGAAGUUCAUGUAACACAACUGGACCAAAAAGUACUUGUGGGAGUCACAAUCACAUAGGAGAACCUUAUUACAGAGGAUGAAACUUUACUUCAUGAGCUUUAAAGUGUGUUUACGUGAUUUAUAUGUGUAUGUGCAUGUUUGGAAAUGAAGGACAAAUAGUCAAAAGCAACUCUCGGAUCUCUAAAUGAAGCGUUUAUGAGCUGCGCUGGAUGCAGAUGUUCUCAUGCUGUUUAAACUAGUUAUGGUUUCUGCUAGUAAGUACAGAGAACACACUGUAGUGGGAUGCAAGUACAUUUCCUCCAUCUUCCUCAGGAGAUUACAUUUGUCUGUUUUUGUACUUAAAAGGAACACUCAAAAAAUAUUUAGGCCUAAAUUAAAGAUUUAUGUAUUUGAAUUGCAUAUCAAAUGACAGUUUUAACAUAAAUUAACUAAUAAACUUAAUAUGAUGCAGAUUGGUCAAUCAUGCAUAAAUGAAACAGGAUUUCUGUAAUAGUACUAAUAAACAAUGUUUUUUUAAUAUAUCUAUCAGUCAAUCCAAUUAGAUUCAAUCUCAUUCAUUUUAAUUGACUGAAUAUUGCUUGUUCCAUGGCUAGCCAUAUUUUAACCAUGUUCAUACUUUUUAACUGAAUAAAUGUAAUUAUUUUCACAGUGAACAGAUUUAUGCUUAUUCUAAGGAUGAAUGCAAUUUGAAAAUAUUUAAAUAAAAUCAAAUUGAUGAAAAUAGUUAAUUGUAAACUAUGCCAUGAUUUUAUGAAAUAUUACCUGUUUCUUACCCGCUCAAUUUAUGUAUGACUGACAAAUAUUCAUCACAUUAAGUUUAUUAGGGUUUUUUUUAACUGUGUAAUCCAAAUGGAUGGAAAUUUUAUAUGCAAUUCAAAUAUAUAAAUAUUAAAUUUAGGCCUUUUUUUUUUUUUUGAGUGAAUAGUUAAAAAAAAAAAAAAAAAAGUCUUAUUCCAAAAUCUGUUUUUUUCUUUUCCCUUUUUUUUUUUUUUUUUUUUUCCCAGUGGAACCAAUAGCAGCAGUUUUGAAGAAUCUUUACAUUGCACUUUUCCACAGAGACCCAAAAAAGCACCCAAAAAUGCCAUACAAUUUGUUAAUAUGACAUCAUAUGCUCAAAUAGACUGUUUUUAUGGUGUUUCCUUAGCUUUUAGGUCAGAAGAGCUGUGCAAAUAUUCUUCAGAGAAUGAGAGAGUAAAUAAUAACAAUGAAAUCUUUUAAGUUCUUGUCAUUAGCAUCAAUAUAAGUGGAAGAUUUUGCAUCUUCCUGGCAGUAAAUAUUUUUCCGAUUUGAAUUCAGUUGUAAUUCAUGGUCUUGACCACUAAGGGACUCUAUUGAGCUAUUUUUUUUCAAUCCCAAAUUCAGUUGCAGUUCACCUUCUUGAGCACUAGAGCAGAAUUGGGAGAGGUCAGUGUUACAUCACAUGACCAAUGUUCUCUGACAUCACUGAAAACAUUAACUAUAUGAACUAUUUAACUUAGUGCCAAAAUUAACAUAUGUAUAUAAAACAUAAUUUUUCUGAAUAGAUUUUAAUUCCAUGCAAAAGUCUAUCUGAAUCAAUCUAUUGAAUGAACUUUUGGGAGAAAUAAAGGAGGUCUCUGCUGAGAGCAGGUUUGCACACACUGUCAUGACAGAUACUGUGUACAUUCCGUGCGUAUGUUCCAAUUAUCAUCAUCUUGUAUUUCUGUUGUGGUCCAGUGUUAUCUUAUGUGUAAGUUAGCUGUGUAUGUACAUAACUUUGACUGUCAAAUUCUUGACCAAGAGAUUGUUUUUGCACAUUGCCAUCUUGAUUUACUAAAAAUGAAGGGAUGCUGUAGGGCACAAUCCUCUGACUUUUUGUAGGGUGAAGAAAAAUUAUAUUUUUUAAAUAUCUAUGGAUUUAUUUUCUCUGAUGUAAAUAGAAUAUCCAAGACAAUUCUAACACUAUGAGACUUUUUAUUUCUCUUCUUGCUAUGGCUUCUUGUAAUAUAUGUAUAUUCAUGAGCAUUUAUGGCAAGAUUUCCUUUGUAUGCGCUCAUUGGUCGAGGUGUAGAAAUUAUUGCUGCAAGUCUUUUUCUUUGGGAGGAAAUGAUAAUUUUGUGAGUUAUCAGUGCUGUCUAGUUCAUAUCAGAUGUCAUUUCAUUUGACUGACAUCAUUUACCCUAUAUUUCACUAUGAGGAACCACAAACAGAUACUUCGUAUGCAUGCUUGAUCUCUAUUGAUUGCUGAAUUUUAUGCGCUGAUGAUCCAUGUCAUAUUUAUUAAGCUUUUUUUUUUUUUUUUAUAAAUUAAGUUCAAUCUUCUUGUGGGAAAUCACAUUCAUUGAGGUUGAGAAGGUAUUCUCAUAUAGAUUUAGUCACAAAAACAAUGCUGUAAUAAAGCCAUGUUACAUUUUUAAUGUGAGAAGCAAGCAUAUUCUUAAUUUGGUAACACUUUAUUUUACAGUGUCCUUGUUACAUGUAGUUACUGUAGUAAUAACUAUAAAUUAUGCAUAAUUACAUGCAACUAACCCUGAACCAAACCCUUACCCUAUAGUAAGUACAUGUAGUUAAUUAUUAAUUACUCAGUAAUUAAGUGCAUAUUUACACUGUAACAGACACUUUAAAAUAAAGUGUAACUCUUAAUUUAGUAACUGUACAAUAAGGUUCCAUUAGUUAACAUUAAAUGGUGCAUUAACUAACAAUGGGCAAUACAUUUGUUCAAGAUUUAUUAAUCUUUGUUACCAUUAAAAUUAAGAUUAAUGGGUAACGCUUUAUUUUAGUGUCCUUGUUAUGCAUGUUACAUGUAGUGAUAGCUAUAAAUUAUACAUAAUUACAUGCAACUAACCCUAAACAAAACCCUAAUCCUAACCAUAAUUAUAUAGUGUGUUAAUUGAUAUUACUUAAUGUAUAAUUACAGUGUAAGACGGACACCUUAAAAUAAAGUGUAACAUAGUAAUGCUUUAGAGGUAUUUUUUCAUUGUUAUUUCAUGUUAACCAAUGUAGUUAACAAUUGAAACCUUAUUGUAAAGUGUUUUCCAUAUUUACUGGUUUUAAUGAUGCGAUGGCUCAAAGAUUUACAUUUAAGAGCCCUUGAAAAGAACCAGCUAGUUGCAUUGCAGCACUGUUUGGGAGAAUCCACAUUUUACAUUCAUUAAUACAGGCUCUGUCAAAACAUGUCACUUUGAUAAGAAAUUUAGUUCUUUUAGAUUUUAUUUCCCUGCAAUCUUUCUUAUUCACACUCAAAUUGUUACGUCCUAUUGUAUGCAAAUUAAAUUUUGAGCAGUUUUUCAUGAUGAAAUAAAUUUGAUACUCUCA